AUGAGAAGGCAGCUCCGGUCCAGAAGGGCUCCGGCCUUUCCUUACGGUUAUCGCUACAGACUUGAUGAUCAGGAUGAAGUGAACCAGAACUACUUAGCAGAUGAAGAGGAAGAAGCAGAAGAAGAGGCUCGGGUGAUGGUGGUACCUGAUUUGGAGGAGGAGGAGGAGGAGGAAGAAGAGGAGGAGAAAGAAGAAGAGGAAAAGGAGGAGGAAGAGAGUCAGGCUCAGGAAACAGGCAGUGCCUGGUGGCGGAAAUGGCAGAUCGUGAACGAAUACCUGUGGGAUCCGGAGAAAAGGAUGUCUCUGGCCCGAACAGGUCAGAGUUGGAGCCUGAUCUUAGUCAUUUACUUCUUCUUCUAUGCUUCCCUGGCCGCUGUGAUCACCCUCUGCAUGUACACGCUAUUUCUGACCAUCAGUCCUUACAUGCCGACCUUCACUGAGAGGGUGAAGCCUCCUGGAGUUAUGAUCAGACCCUUCGCCCAUAGCCUUAACUUCAACUUCAACGUUUCUGAACCUGACACUUGGCAGCAUUAUGUGAUUAGUCUAAAUGGCUUUCUCCAGGGUUAUAAUGACAGUCUUCAAGAGGAAAUGAAUGUAGAUUGCCCCCCGGGCCAAUAUUUCAUCCAAGAUGGUGAUGAGGAUGAGGACAAGAAGGCCUGCCAAUUUAAGCGCUCCUUCCUGAAGAACUGCUCUGGCCUGGAGGACCCUACUUUUGGCUACUCUACUGGACAGCCCUGCAUCCUUCUAAAGAUGAACCGGAUUGUUGGCUUUCGUCCUGAGCCUGGAGACCCUGUGAAGGUUUCCUGCAAAGUUCAGAGAGGUGAUGAAAACGACAUCCGAUCCAUCAAUUACUACCCAGAGUCGGCUUCUUUUGACCUCCGUUACUACCCUUACUAUGGCAAACUGACUCACGUUAACUACACCUCCCCGCUGGUGGCAAUGCACUUUACAGAUGUAGUGAAGAACCAAGCGGUGCCUGUGCAGUGCCAACUGAAGGGCAAAGGCAUCAUAAAUGAUGUCAUCAAUGAUCGUUUUGUGGGUAGGGUAAUCUUUACUCUGAACAUAGAAACCUAA